AUGGAUCAAUUGUAUUGCCCGCAUACUAACGAUGUUAGUGCCGUUCCUUCGCCUACUGGAGACUGCACGAACUCUCGCUGUGGCCAAUAUUACAAGGUUGCCGCAAACGAGACUUGCACGACCAUGACGGACAAAUCCAGCAUUUCUCGAAACAAUCUGUGGGUGACCUGUCUCUUUCUGGCAGGGAAGACCAAAGCUAACGGUGAUAGCCUUUUCCUGAAUCCGGAACUCUUCCAGAACUGCACAAAUCUUCUGGCCGACACCUACUACUGCGUGCAACUAGUGGGGUAUAUUGCGACGUACUUAGGCUACGGACAGUCGUUAAACUCCAAAGUGCCGUUUAACGGAACCCUUUCAACCUCGCUACCUAGCGAACCUCUAAUGGUCUGGCUAACUGGGUCCAGUCCGAUUAUCCCGCUUGCAAAUGGAACCCGCACAGACUGCACUCAGUAA